AGUUACACACGUAAUUAAGACUUUCAGUUUGAUUAAUUUCAUUGUGUUGCCAGUUUCCAAGACACUGACAAUAUGGUGCUCAAAGAUCAUGCGAGUUUCAACCUAGAGGACCUUGAUCAUAACAUCACAACAGCCGGAACCCCCGCCAUCUUGUUCGGUUGGCUCGACUACGGCAUGUUCGGCUCAAUGCUGGUUGUUUCCACAGUCAUCGGCAUUUAUUUUGGAUGCUUCGGAACCCGGCAAAGCACCAAGAAUGAGUACCUGCUGGGAAACAAGAACAUGAGUGUCUUUCCCAUAGCCAUGUCUCUUACGGCCAGUCACAUUUCUGGCAUUACACUGCUCGGCGCGCCAUCUGAGAUGUACACAUUUGGGACGCAGUACUGGAUGAUGUGCCUGGCCGCGUGCAUCGUGUGCUCCGUGGUCGCUGUUGCCUACAUGCCUGUCUUCUAUACGCUGCAACUGACGUCAACGUAUGAGUACCUAGAGCUCCGCUUCAGCAGCAGUGUCCGGACGUUCGCUUCGUUUAUGUUCACGAUAUACCAGGUCCUUCAUACCCCCAUUGUGCUGUACGUUCCCGCUCUGGCGUUCAGUCAAGUGACUGGGAUAAAUGUACACAUGAUAACCCCAGCCGUGAGCGCCAUUUGCAUCUUCUACACGACACUGGGCGGGCUCAAGGCUGUGGUGUGGUCGGACACGUUGCAACAGAUCGUCAUGAUGGCCUCCUCGAUCAUCGUCAUGAUUCUGGGGAUCAUUGCGGUUGGUGGACUCGACGUCAUGUGGCAGAGAAACCUGGACGGCCAAAGGAUCGAGUUCUUCAACCUGGACCCCAACCCCCUGACCCGCAACAGCUUCUGGACGGUGACGGUCGGCAUGACCUUCAUCUGGCUGUCGCACGUCGGCGUGAACCAGGGCAUGAUGCAGCGCUUCCUCGCGCUGCCCAGACUGUCCGCCGCGAGAUGGGCCCUCCUGGUGUUCUGCAUUGGCAUCUGCUGGUGCAAGUCUGUGAGCUGCCUCACCGGCCUCCUCAUACACGCGCGCUACCACGACUGCGACCCGCUCACCACAAAGGCCAUCAAACGAGUCGACCAGCUGUUGCCCUACUACGUGAUGGAUGUAGCUGGCUUCAUACCAGGCCUGCCAGGUCUCUUCGUAGCGGGCGUCUUCUGUGCUGCCCUCAGCUCCAUGUCCACGAGUCUGAACACGCUGUCGGGCACAAUCUACGAGGACUUCCUGUCCCGCUGGCUGCCCACUGACAAGCAGACGGAAGUGGUUGUCAACUUCAUCAUGAAGCUGACGGUGUGCGUCGUCGGCGUCGUUUGCGUCUUCCUCGUCUUCUGGAUAGAGAAGCUGGGAAGCGUCAUACAGGUUGGGGUCACUGUAAGCGGCGUGACAUACGGUGCCAUGUUGGGUCUCUUCUCGCUUGGCAUGUUCUUCCCGUGGGCCAACACCAAGGGCGCGCUUGUGGGCGGCAUCACAAGUCUCCUGUUUGUGAGCUGGAUCGUCAUAGGCGCCCAGACCGAGAUCGCUAGAGGCGCCAUCAAGUUUCCCUGGAAGCCCAUGUCCACAGAGGGCUGCACCGGCAACCUAACGCAGCCAGUUCACCCUCUCGCCAUGCCUGACGACAGUUUGGGCCGAGCUUCGAGCCCAGAGCAGCCCUUCGUGCUGUACCGUCUCUCCUACUUGUACUUCAACGUGCUGGGCUGCUUCACCGUCAUCGUCGUUGGACUCGUCGUGAGUUUCCUCACCGGAGCCACCAGCCCUGGGGAACUGCACCCGGACCUCCUGAGUCCCAUCGUGCACUGGACCCUCCCCAAGAAGCACAAGGAUCAGUACCAGCCCGUCAAGCAGGCGGUGGACUUGAAGACUGCGCGCUGAUUGGUGCGCGGCAGGCAACGGGGAAUUCCCCACUUCACAGCUCACACCAUAUCACAGCAACUUACAGGAGAUCAUGCACAGUCUUCGCAAAGUCAUGGGUGCACUAAGCUUUUCUUUAAGGACAUCGUUGCACGUGAUCAUAAGAACGUACUGAGCUUGUUCUAUUUUGUCAGUGUGAUGAAGGGACCCACAGGCAUUUAUCACAACGCGAAGGAUGGUCACCGUGCUCACAACAGCUCGCCAGUGGACCCUGUCGUGAGCCACAUGAAUCUAAUUUCAUGUACUCACUCUCCUAUUUAUUUCAGAUCCAUAUUAAUAUUAUCCUCCCAUUAAUGUGUGGGUAUCCUACCUAGUCCUCUUUCAUCAAGUUUUUGAACUAGAAUUUUGUAUUUAUUUUCACAUACAUUCAUGCUACAUAUCCAACCCAUCUCAUCCUCCUUAUUUUGACACCCAAAUAGUAUAUAAUAAAGAGUUUAAACUAUGAGGCUCCUCGUCACGUGAUUUCCUCCAGCCAGGAUAGUUCAGUUGGUAAGACAACUGUGUAAUGGGCUGGACAUUCGAGAAAUCGAGAUUCAAUUCCUGGCAAGGUCAGAGAUUUUUCGCUUCUCCACAGCGUCGAAACCAGCUCUGGUGCCCAAUUUCCUGUUCAGUGAGUACUGGGGGCUCUUUCCGUGGGAGUAAAGCGGCCGAGGCGUGAAGUUGAUCAGUUAUCUUCAUCUAGUCCCGAAAUUAAGAAGUAAUGGAGCUAUACCUCCACUCCCCAUUGCGCGAUGCUUAAUGAAGCACAUGACCAGUUUUAAUUAAGCAGUGCUACAUGUGUCGCCCAUCCUAUCCUUCUAGAUUUCAUCACUGUAAUAAUAUUCUACGAAGAGUACAAAUUAUGAAGCUCCUCGUUACGUAUUUUUCUCUAACCUUCUGUCUCUAAUCUGUCCAGUUCUUUAAUUGUCGGAUUUGGCAUAUGGACACAAACAAAUGGCCCUAUAAAACAGAACAUAACAUCGUUCCCCCAGGUGUCUCUACCUCCCACCAAGUAAUUAAACUACCGAAACAUGUCUCACAUGACCAGAAUCGCCUUACCAGUACGCCAAAGACGAUAAUAUUACAUCGUUAUGUGGGGUAUUCGCGUUUGAUAUUAAUAAAAUAGUUGAAGACGUUAGAUCAAUAUCGUAUGAAUGGUUUAUUGAUUGUACUGUUUGCGCAUGCGUCGAGGGUGUCCUUCAUUGAGCAGGAUGCAGUGUGGAGCAGUGUAGCAUAUGCAACACGUGAUGGAGGUCACUCACAGAUGACACUAGUUGCCACAACAAUUUCACAGGUAUAAGCAGUUGAUACGCCGUUACUAAAUAAGGAAGAGAGAUGCGAAGGAGACGAUGCUGAUCAUCAGUCGAGCCAAUCUGAUCACCAAAAUCAUCUUCAAAAUCUGUGUGCUGAUAACGACUGCUGCUGUGUGCCUACUCAUAUACGACUUCAUAAGGGGCAAUCAUCAUAUCACCAAUGAACAUCAGCAGCAAUCACAUGACACCAAGGUUACACCAAGUGGACUUAUGGAGCUCAUUGCCAAUGUGACCCAAACAAUUGCAGCCAUGGAGGCUGAGGCCCGGCGGUUGGAGGAGGAACUACAGCGCAUGCGUCAGACAACUAGCCAAUUAUUAGCGAAAUAUCAGAGAGAGGCAACAUGGACGGCGAGUCGCAAAUGUGUUUCCUUUUAUGGCUCCAAUAAACAGAAUUACGUUCCUCGUACAACGGGAAAUGCAGUGAAUACAACUGUCCCUGUGAACACGAAACAAAUACCAAUUCUUAGUCAAAGGAAAACAAAAUGAAAAUCGCCAUGACGCCAUGUUGCAAUGUAGGCCCACCAUCCGACGUUUCAAACACCGUACACGUCUUCAGUGGCUCACGUGACGGGCGAGACAAACUGGUCAACUUACGUAACAAAUGUGAACGUUCUUUUGUGAAGAUUUAAUUAAAACUAACACACACACAAAACCUGCCCCAAUUUGUACAAUAUAUUCGCUACUUUUAUUUAUACUGUCACGUGUCCGGGGUUCCGUGACUAAUAAUGACGGGUUCUGGACUGGAUGACUGGGUUUAUUAGCACUGCUAUUACAGUCAGUUAUAACAGCUCACAGUCAAUGACUGCCUACGAGUCGCUCUAAUUCAAACCAUCCCAUUUCUCUAAGAUCAAUUUUAAUAUUGUCCACCACCUAUGUCUUGGUCUUCCUAGUGGUCUCUUUCCAU